AUGGCCGAGAGCACUACCCGCACUGGCAGCGACGCCGAGCGCAAUGAGCCCACAGCCUCUGUCGAGCGCGACGAAGAGCUGGAGGACUUUGGCGUGGCCUCAUCCGACGAAGAUACCGACGCAAAUGAUCCACAUCUGGACGACGCCAUGAUGAACGAGCUCCUGCUCGUGUGCUCCAACCUGGGAAUGUUACGCGUUCAAAACGAAGGUGAACCGCCUGUGCUCAUGCGUGGCGAGAACUGCGCCGAGUGGAUACACGACCUGCAGCGCGCGGUGCGUAGAGACCACGCCAAGCACAAACUGGUGGCCAAGCAGUUGGGCAAGUGGAAAAUCUUACAGAAGAAGCUGCUGCCUUUGCUUAUCAACCACCAGCACGACUGGGCGCUAGUCUUUUCCAUCCUCAAAGUGCUGGUGAUGCUAACUAUGGAACCCCCAAAAGACUCGACCAACAUCGCCCAGCAGCUGAAGUACCUGCGUCAAUACAAGCACGAAUUCUUGCGCUGUGACAUCAUCCCCAUCAUGAUGACGAUCCUCGUGGAGCCGCUGUCCCGUAAAGGGAAACGCACGGCUCAGGACUAUUUGAACAUGGAAAUUGUGCUUACUCUGAUCAGGAACCUACUGGCAAUCCCCAACGAAGACCCCAGAUUCGUGACAUCGACCACGUCGUACUUUAGCCAUCUACAGGAGGAUUUGAUCUGCACACUGCACGAAGAGAACGUGUACGAGAUGAUACUACUCUUCGCACAAGAUAUUGACUCGCCCGAGAACAAAGAAUGGAACUUGAUGAUCAUGGAGAUGAUCGACUUGACGCUUGACUGCUCUCAGCCCAAGUCGGUGGUGGCAUUCGCAAAGAAACGGUGGGCGGGGGAGACGACCAAAUGCUCCGGUGAGCAGCUCGCUGCAUCGACGUCGUCGCGAAGCUCUGCAGAUUUGAGCUCUGGACGAACUGUGGCGCCCGCUGGUGGAGAUCUCCUGACGACACUUACCAACGAAAAGAAGGCGUCGGCGUUGCAUCAAUCAGGAUCGCGGAGACACUCCAACUUUGGCGGCAUCUUGACGAUGGAGGUUUGCGACUCCAUCAUUGGAAAAUCAUACUCUCAGCUCACCAAUUCGUUGAAGACAGAGUUCCGUAGAGGCAGCAACAAACUGAUCUCCACAGAUCGACUCCAGUACUUUCACCUCGUUUGGUUCCUUACGACGUAUCAUCGCUUAAAAGUUCAAGCAUUGAAGUCACACUACAAGCAUCAGCUGAAGGCAGUCCAAAAGAAGACGACGGAGCUUCAGAAUGCGUUGGAUUUUACCACUCCCCCCCCUCCAGCCCCUGAAAAGCCGGGCUACGACGAGAAGGCGGUACUUUCAACGCUGGAUAUGUUUUCCUUCAACUUUGUGCUCCAGUCGAUUGAAAAUUACGCCACGAUGAACAACUAUCACGGCAUGACUGUUUCUGUCCAGCUUUUGGCCGAGAUGAUGGCGUACCUCGCAGAGCUGACGGCCAGUGAUGAUUCCCGCUUUCAGCGGAUCGCUGACUCAUUGCAGCAUAAAAUUUUCUAUGAGCGUGACUUCCUGGACCGCCUGCCAGUUUUGUUGAAGACGUGGUCUCCAGGACUUUUCCCAAACGCAUAUGUGGUCGAUGUUGUCACCCUUACGCAUCUCGUGUUCAAAGUGUUGGACUCUCAAGGAACUAUCAAGGUACUCUCACGAAGGAAAGCAUACCUAGACAAAAAGCGGCAGAAGAAAAAACGCAAGGAUGGAGAGUCGAAAGAUGGCGAGAAUUCGGAUGACAGUUCGACGGAUGAGGAGGAAACGGAAAGGCGAGCGCAGCUUUUGAUGGAAAUGCAGCGCAAGGAAGCUGACUUUGACGUGCGAAAGUAUUUUUCAAGUAUGGUCUCAGCUGACACAAUCCGGAUGUACUGCUCCCUACUGGCCUACUACCGUGAGAACAGCGCAAAAGUGAACCAUUACAUUCACUCGUUUUUUUAUCGGACAAAGCACUUCCAGAUCUAUCAGCAAGAAGCAUGGACGAUGCAACCGAUGCUUUUUAACAUCCACAUGCUCCUGCUGUUCAACAAGAUGCUCCAAGACUCGUACAUCCAGCGUCUCCCGGAGUACAAGAACUUUCUGGACUUCAUUCGUGGCGUUGUUCGUGAUUUUUUCACCCUCGCAGACAAGAACAACUUACUCUUUGUGGAGGCUCUUCUACGCCAGACGUACCCUUCCAAAUCGUGCAUGCUCAUUCAGCGAAGUUACGACCCGAUCGAUUCGAUGAGCAAGUCCAAAUCAGAGGCAGUGGCACUGGGUCGAGAGAGGCGGAUUGAGGCGCUUAACGAGUCAAGACGGCACCGCAUUGCUUUGGAUCAUGAAGAACUUGAGGGCGAGGCUGAGUUCCAAUUCACACUCGGUCCGGCGGAUUUCCAGUCGACGUCGCUUGUGGAUAAGGAAAGCAAAGAAGACGAGGGCGAGGCUGGAGGUAAUGUGGCAGGUUCCUCAGAAGCUGCUUCCGCUGCAAAACCAAAGACGAAACGGAAGACGCCACUGUCUCGCGCUGCAACAGAGCGAGCCAAGAACUGGAGCAAGGUUGAGGAUCGCUACCUGGCGAAAGCUUACAUGAAGUUUCGCCAUCUGCCGUCCGUUUACGAGGUCAUUUCGUACGAAGACAUGUUCCAGGAACGCGACCGGACACCGGAGCAGAUCGAGCGUCGUGUGAAAUACCUGAAGCUUCACCGAAAGACGCACGACUCAUCUGAUGAAGAGGAGAACGAACUAAGUGCUUCUGACGGUGAACACAACGGCGAGCUCGAAGAGAAUACUGUGCGGGAAUCCAGGUUAGAAAAGGACCUGGCGAGGCUAGAAACAGCUCGUCCCAGACGACGGCUGCGUCGCGGAGCAGAUUUAAGCGACGAUGACAGCGACGACGACAUGGUUUUAGGAGGACCAUGCUGA